AUGAAUCUGGUGUCCAGGCAUCAGUACGGUGGCGGGGGAGGCAUCGUGUCGUCAUCGUCGUCAUCGUCGCGAUCGUACGGCGGCUUUGGCAAAUCGGACGACGCCACCAGCACGGACGAGGAGGCGAUAGUGGACGUCGAACGGCCGGAUACGCCGCCACCGCCGCCACAACUGUCGCCGUCGGGUGCAACCGACCACCGGCGCCGUGCCUGCAUCAACGGCGGCCGGCCGGUGGCCGCGUCUGCGAUGGCCAGCGCGGCCGCGCUCACCGCAUGGCUAAAUCCAGCCACGUUUUGGCGAGACUCCGAUCAGUGGCGCAACGUGCUGGUUAACUACUACCACAUGAACAGGGCCGCGGCCGCCCGGUCUGCAGGCAGGGGUCGUGGAGUCGUCACCGCUUAUCACCCGUCCGCCGUACCGGCCAUCUGCGGGGUCGGCCCGUCCGCUGGCCGGAAGCCGACGACAGCCUGCGCGGCCAGACCGCCGCCCCUGCCCCUGCCACCUACGACGACGUCCCAGUCUUCUUCAACGUCGUCUCGCCCGAAGAAACGGUACAUCUGCACGUACUGCCAGCGCGAGUUCAGCAAGUCUUACAACCUGCUCAUACACGAACGCACGCACACCGACGAACGACCUUACCCCUGCGACGUGUGUGGCAAAGCAUUUCGCAGACAAGACCACUUGAGAGAUCACAGGUACAUACACGUCAAGGAAAAACCGUUCAGGUGUCCAGUGUGUGGUAAAGGUUUCUGUCAGUCCAGGACGUUGUCCAGUCACCGGAGCAACAGGAAUUCUAUGUGCCUGGACACGACCGUUUUACAUCAACAACAACAACGGGACGCCGGCGGAAACAUACGCAGGCCCAAAAUGAUCACAGACUUUUCCAUCAACUCUAUAUUGAACUUGCAGUAA